UAAAAGCAUGAGCUGGUGAGUGACAAAUGACAUAUUUUGCCUCUUACUUGUCAGCUGCAAAGAAAGUUUAAGCCUUUUUUGGUUUAUUGCACAAACAAGCUAAUAUUACCCCUCUUUUUUCUCUGUUUUAUCAAAAACCCAAUCAUCAUUUUGAAGUUUACUAGAAAAACAAGAAAAAAAAAAAAAAAGAAGAACCCACCAAAUCGCUUCCUUCAACAUCAAGCCUGAAAGGUUUAAAGAAACUGUUUACUUCAAGGGAUUCUGGAGCAAAAACAUGGGAUUGUUUAGCAAACUGUUUUACAAGAAGCCGCCUGAUGGGCUUCUGGAAAUCUGUGAAGGUGUAUACGUUUUUGAUUACUGCUUUACCAUUGAUGCUUGGGAAGAAGAGAACUACAAAGUCUACAUAGAGGGAAUAGUUACUAAUCUUCAAGAACACUUCCCCGAUGCUUCGUUCUUGGUCUUCAAUUUUCGCGAAGGAGAAACACAAAGCUCGAUAGCUGAAUUACUGUCCAAGUAUGAUAUGACAAUAAUGGAUUACCCACGUCACUACGAAGGGUGUCCGUUAAUUGCAAUGGAGGUGCUCCACCAUUUUCUGAGAUCGUGCGAAAGCUGGCUCUCACUCGGUCAGCAUAAUUUUUUACUCAUGCAUUGCGAAAGGGGUGGUUGGCCUGUAUUGGUCUUUGUGUUGGCUGCAUUGCUGUUAUAUAGGAAGCAGUACAGUGGAGAGCAGAAGACUCUGGACAUGAUAUACAGGCAAGCUCCUCGUGAGGUUUUGCAGUUAUUUUCACCCCUGAAUCCAGUGCCUUCACAAUUGAGGUAUCUACAGUUUGUCUGUAGGAGAAAUGUGGGGUCAGAAUGGCCUCCUUUGGAUCGAGCUCUCACCUUGGAUUGUGUCAUUCUUCGAUGCAUUCCUGAUAUUGAUGGAUAUGGAGGUUGCCGUCCAAUAUUUAGAAUAUAUGGGCAGGAUCCUUUUCUUGCUGAUGAUAAAACCCCAAAAGUUUUGUACUCAACCCCCAAAAGAAGCAAAUCUGUAAGGUAUUAUAAGCAGAAAGAGUGCAGCCUUGUUAAAAUUGACAUUAAUUGCCAUAUUCAAGGUGAUGUUGUAGUUGAGUGUAUCAACUUGAAUGAUGACAUGGAAAGAGAGGGGAUGAUAUUCAGAGCUGUGUUUAACACAGCAUUUAUUAGAUCAAACAUUUUGAUGCUCAAUCGUGAUGAAAUUGAUACAUUGUGGGAUACUAAAGAGCUGUUUCCAAAAGAAUUUACAGCUGAGAUUCUUUUCUCAGAAAUGGAUGCUGCUACAUCUGUAAUUUCCCUGGAUUUUUCUGGCUUUGAAGAAAAAGGAGGUCUUCCUAUGGAAGCAUUCGCCAAAGUUCAUGAAAUCUUUAGUAAUGUUGACUGGUUGGAUCCUCGGGCAGAUGUUGCUUUUAACAUGCUUCAACAAAUGGGUGCAUCGAAUAUCGUUCAAGAAAUGACUGACAGUCCCAGAUCAGCUACUAAAGGUCUUCAGGAAACAAUGCUCACAGUGGUAUUACCAAGUAGCCCAAGGAGUCCCAGAUCUAUGAGUAUGAAGAUUCUAUCUGCACCCUCAAAAAAGUCAUCUCUUGAUUCUGAUGCAAGUAAGGAGGCUAAACCUGAAGUAUCUGACAUGGAGCCAUUCAGUUGGUCCGAUGUCAAGCAUCAACACAGUAAUCAGUCUACUGCAAACUUGCAUGAUUCCAAAUCAUCCAUUAGUCAGGUUGGUCGCUUAACUGCAGCUGCUGCUGUAGUAAAUGAUUCUCAGGUCGUAUCACAUACACCAAAAGUGGAUGAAAACAUUUCAGUUUCACCACAAACAUCUCUGUGUGUUCCAGUUCAAUCGCCCCCAACUUCUAGUACAACAAAAGCUCUUCCUCACCCUCCACCACCUCCACCUUUGCCAAGUUCUCUUUCCUCAGCAUCAGAACCUGCUAAGCCUUCACUUGCCACGGAAUCUGGAACUUACUUACAUGACAAAGAUCAGACUGCAUUACCUGAAGAUCAGUCUUUGAAGGCUUCCUCUUGUACAUACUCUCCAGCCACUGCAGCAGCUUCAACUGUGAGACCUCCUUUAACACCACCUAACAAGGAGAUCCCAGCUGUUAGAAUGAUCCCUCCUGCUCCGCCUCCUCCUCCUCCAACACCACCUUCAAAAGGCAAUGGCGUAUCUUGUAAAACAUCUCCAUCUUUGGAGGAAAAUAUAGCUCUGAGUGCUAUGGCUCCAGUGGCAUCUGCUUCAUCUCCUUUGAAUAAAAUUGAAGCUGUUAGAGAUGGACCUCUUGCAGUUCCUCCCCCUCCCCCUCCCCCUCCCCCUCUCCCUCCCCCUUCUCCAUCUAUUAGAGCCAUCCCUCCUGCCCCUCGACCUCCUCCAACACCACCUACAAAAGUGUGCGGCAUACAUCUGGAAGCAUCUCCAUCUUUGGAGGAAAAUUUGAGGGCCACAACUCCUGCCACACCUAUACCUCCACCUCCCCCUUCUCCUGCACCUAUUAGAGCUGGAUCUCCUGUAACCCCACCACCCCCGCCUCCUCCUCCAAUGCCACUUUUGAAGGUAAAUUCAGCAUCUAAAUCUGCACCUCCUCCACCUCCACCACCUCCUCUUCAUGCCAGGCAAGUGGCAUCAUCAGUACCACCGCCACCGCCACCACCCACCCCUGCCUUGGCAUCAAAAUCUCAAGUUCCUGCUGCCCCACCACCCCCUGCUCCUUUUGGUAAAAAGACAAAUGGCAAUUUUCCAGAACCUCAAGCGGUAGGUAGUAGUGGAUCUUCUGCUCCUGGACGACCAUCUUUUACUUCUCCUACAAAUUCAAAAAACAGACUUCUUUCACGUACUAUUAGUUCAAAGAGUCAUCAGACAAAGAAAUUAAAGCCGUUGCAUUGGUUGAAGUUACCUAGAGCCGUGCAGGGAAGCCUCUGGGCUGAAGCACAAAAAUUGGGUGAAGCUUCCAAAGCUCCAGAGAUUGACAUGUCAGAGCUUGAGAAUCUUUUCUCAGCAGCUGCUCCUAAUACGGGUCGUGGUGGUAAAUCAAAUUCGCAUACUGCACAUGCACCAAAAUCUGAGAAAGUGACAUUGAUUGACCACAGACGAGCAUAUAAUUGCGAAAUUAUGCUUUCAAAAGUGAAGGUGCCCUUGCCUGACCUAAUGAGUUCGGUGCUUGCCUUGGAUGAAUUAGCAUUAGAUGUUGACCAGGUUGAUAACCUCAUAAAAGUUUGCCCUACCAAAGAGGAGAUGGAAUUACUAAAGGGCUACACUGGAGAAAAUGAAAAGUUAGGGAAAUGUGAACAGUUCUUCUUGGAGCUAAUGAAAAUUCCCAGAGUAGAAUCCAAGCUCAGGGUGUUCUCUUUUAAGAAGCAAUUUUGCUCCCAGGUUUCCGACGUCAGACAUAACCUUAACAUUGUAAACUCCACGGCAGAGGAGAUAAGAAAUUCUGUCAAACUGAAGAGGAUAAUGCAGACAAUUCUUUCAUUAGGAAAUGCAUUGAAUCAGGGAACUGCAAGAGGUUCUGCUAUUGGAUUUAGGUUGGACAGUCUCCUUAAACUAACAGAUACACGUGCACGAAACAGCAAGAUGACUCUCAUGCAUUACCUUUGCAAGGUGCUUGCUGAAAAGCUGCCAGAGGUACUAGAUUUUUCAAAAGAUAUUUCAAGUUUAGAACCUGCAUCUAAGAUACAACUUAAAUUUCUGGCAGAGGAGAUGCAAGCCAUAAGCAAAGGAUUGGAGAAAGUUCUUCAGGAACUGUCCAGUUCUGAAAAUGAUGGCCCUGUGUCAGAAAAAUUCCGUGAGAACUUAAAGGAGUUCCUCUCUUUUGCCGAAGCCGAAGUUAGAUCCUUGGCUUCCCUAUACUCCACGGUGGGAAGAAAUGUGGACGCAUUGAUUCUUUACUUUGGAGAGGAUCCAGCUCGUUGUCCCUUUGAACAAGUUACUUCAACUCUACUUAACUUCGUGAGGUUGUUUAACAAAGCUCAUGAAGAGAACUGCAAGCAGCUUGAGAACGAAAUGAAGAAGUUGUCGGAAAGUGAGAAGUUGAAGAUGAAUGCUUCGCAAAAGAAUGAAUCAGAAGAAUUAUUACGCAGUUCCAUUCGGACCAGCAAUGUUUAAUUCAUUCAGACCUCAAAACCUAAAAUGCUUCCUGUUCUUGGAGAUGAGAUGGUAACAGCAUCUGCACAGCGAAGGUAAUGGAUAGAUUGUUGUUGAGAGGACAGACUGAUACAUCAAACUUGAAUUGUAAAUAUGAAAGACGACAGAUUUUAUCUCAAACUCAGAAGCUUCUGAGAGACAAGCACCCUAAAAAAGAUGGGAGUUAAGGCUACUAGCCGUUGACUUGGCUAAGGGCAACUUGUACAUUAUCCCCUCACAAAAGUUGUAAGUAGUGUUAAAGAAAGAUGAUUAUAAAUUUUUGUUUUCCAUAAAAACUAGAGUUUGUUGCCAUGAUUUGAUUUGAUUUUUUUCAUGACCAUGCUUUUAGCCAAUGUCUUUGUUUGUUUCACAAUAAUAAAUGAUGUGGGAACUGUAAAUCUGCCAUAUUCAUUGAUGGGAUCUCUUCUUCACAAGAUGGAUAUUUCAUUCUCAGUUCUGAUUCUAA